AUGGUCAGCUUCAGCCUUCGACUUCCUCUACUUCCUCUACCCAGCCGUCCGCAAAUAGGCCCAAGGCGCGCGGCCGUGAUAAUGGCUUCUGCAAAUACAUUUGGUGCGUCGAAUACUGGAUUUCAGGUCGGGAUCAGUCAUGGUGCCAUCAGCGCCCAGUUCUAUCUCCCCCCUGAACACCCAGAAACCCCGCCAGAGCCUCUCUCGACCGUCCCCUUCUCUCGCGACCCAGACUUUGUUGAUCGCGGGGCGCUGCUUGAUCGGAUAAAUGAGAAAUGCUCCACCCGAGGAUCGAAGUUAGGGUUGGUUGGUCUCGGCGGUGUUGGCAAGUCACAAUUGGCUAUAGAGUACAGUUAUCGCGUUCGUGAGCGGUCCGCUCAGAUAUGGGUGUUUUGGAUCUAUGCGAGCAACGCAGCCCGAUUCGAACAGAGCUAUCAAGAAAUCGCCGACCGUGCUAGGAUCCCAGGCCGACAUGAUCCAAAAGCCAACAUAAUGAAGCUUGUCUUUUCCUGGCUGCAGGACGAGAGACGAGAUUGGGUGAUUAUCCUCGAUAAUGUGGAUGAUGAUCAAUUUCUCCGUGAGCCCCCAGAGGCAAAGCCCGGCCAAGCUGGGACCUCGGUGCCACUGGCUGCAUAUCUGCCUCGGAAUAACAAAGGCUCAAUUAUUAUGACCACCCGUAGCAAAAGCGUGGCGUCAAGGUUCGUCAGUGACAGGGAUAUCAUUGAAAUUCAGCCGAUGGUCGACAUCCACGCCGUAGCGCUGAUAGGGAAGAAGAUUGGCGAUCAUGCGGCGCAUGAGAGCAAAGAGGAUAUCAGCCGACUUGCAGAAGUUCUCGAAUACAUGCCACUUGCCAUCGUACAAGCAGGUGCCUAUAUCAAACGCCGCGCGCCUCGGUACUCCGUUCGAGAGUACCUCGAAGACUUCCAAAAAAGCGAUCGCAAAAAGCUUGAACUUCUGACGGAUCACGAGGGGGGCCAUAUUCACCGAGACUAUGAAGCCAAAAAUUCCAUAAUGGCCACUUGGCAGUUAUCAUUUGAUCGCAUUCGAGAAACCAAGCCAGCCGCAGCAGAGCUGUUGUCACUCAUGAGCUUUUUCGAUCGGCAAGGGAUUGCAGAGAAUCUCCUUCGAUGCAUACCAUAUGGUGGCGCUGAUGAUAUCAACAAGGCCUUUGGGGACACAGGGGAUGGUAGUUCCGGCUCCGAGAGAAAUCCAUACAGAGCCACGAUGCGGAAUGACCCAAGGACCCAUGUUGACCUCAGUGACGAGGACGAGGACAGUACCACAGAUUCCGAAUGCGAUGAGUUUGAAGAGAACAUCAUGCUGCUUAGAGACUAUUCAUUUGUCUCUCUCGGCCGAGAUCGGGGGACGUUCGAGAUGCACAGACUCGUGCAACUAGCUACACAGAGAUGGCUUGAUACACACAGGGAUAGUGAGAGAUGGAGAUGGAGAUUCGUCAAAUUUAUGGCGACAGAGUUUCCCAAUGGAGAUUUUGAGACGUGGGAGAAGUGCCAGUUGCUUUACCCACACGCCAAAAUGGCGACUGCACAACGUCCCACGUCGGAGAGAGCCCAGCUUGACUGGGCGCGUCUCCUUUACAAGAUGGCUACAUACGCGUGUAAAAAGGGACACCUGGCAGACGCGAAAACGAUGGCAAGGAAAUCUGCCAAAACUUAUGAACGGAUAUUAGGGCCCGAGGAUGAGGACACUCUCAACAGUACUACCGUGCUGGCCAUAACAUACGAGGAAGACAAGCAGCUCGAUGAAGCCGAGGCCCUUCGAACAAGGUUAUUCCAUACACAUAAGAAGCUAUUUGGACUCGACGAUCCCAACACGCUUACCGAAAUGGAAGGUCUUGCGGCAAUUCAUUCGCGGAAGGGUCGGUUGAAGGAGGCGGAGGCCUUAGAAUUGGAGGUCCUCGAGGCACGCCGGAGAGUUCUGGGCCCCGAGAAUAUUGCGACACUCAACAUUAUGCGGAACUUAGCAGCGACAUAUUGCUACCAGGACCGAUUACAAGAGGCCGAAGAUCUCUGUGCUCAAGUCCUUGAGAUCAACGAAAGAGUGCUGAGUCCCGAACAUCCUGAUCGGUCGGGUAGCAUGUGCGACUUGGCCCACGUCUAUUUGAUUCAGAAUCGAUGGAAAGAGGGCGAAACACUACUCAUCAAAGCUCUGAAGCAGCUUAGAAAAGUGGUUGAUCUCGAGCACCCUUUUUCGAUGGGGGGGUUAGGCAACUUGGUCUAUUUGUACCGGCUGCAAGAACGAUGGCAGGAGGCUGAGCCACUAAAUCUUCAGCUCUUUGAAGCUCACAGAAGACUUUAUGGGCCUAAGCAUCUCAAAACUCUUGACAGCAUGAAGAAACUGGCACGGGUCUAUCGAAAACAAGAAAAGUGGGAAACAGCCAAGGUAACUUACACCCAGUUGCUUGAAAAACAGCAGGAAGUUCUCGGCCCAGACGAUCUGGAGACCUUGGAAUGCAUGAGAGAUUUGGCAUCCGUAUAUUACCUUCAGGGGAACUAUGAGGAGGCAGCCGUGCUGGACCAUACAGUUCUCGAGGCCUUCGAGAAGGUCUUUGGUCUGGAGCAUCAUCGCACGCUGAACAGCAUGCUUGAUCUAGCAGCAGUAUACGAGUCCCAAACCCAAUUGGAAAAGGCAGCAGUGAUGUUGGAUCGCGCCUUUAGAAUACAAAAGCGAGUGCUGGGAGAUAAGCAUCUUGAUACUCUGCACAGCAUGCGUUGUCUAGCAUUGCUAUAUGGGCGCUUAGGUCGAAGGGAGGAGGCCAAGGCGCUAAGGUCUGCCGCUGCCUUGUUAUGA